CCUUCGUCACAACGCAAAGUUAUGAGUUAAAAUAUAGUUCAACAAACAGUGACAGUAACCUGUUUACGAUGCGAUCGUCAAAGCUGCGACUAUUGUGCGUGUCAAGACAGCCGGUUGGACAACUCUCAAGACGGGACCAGUCAAGCGGGCGGAGACCGCGAUCAUGCUUUGAGCAUGACAGCCAUAGAUAUAUGAUUUAUAGACAUGCGGAGGUUUUUCAACAGGAUCACUUAACAGAGCUUUUGCGGUUGGGUGACUUCUAUAUUGUACAUUUCUAUUUUAAAUAGAGCGCAUGUGUAUGACGUAACGGAAAAGUAAAAAAAAAGCCAGCUGUAUUCGCCAUAUUAGUGCCAUUUGUUUAUCUGCAAUUACCAGGCCCGAAUGGUUAUGUAAAUAAAUUAUAUAUAUAUAUAUGUGUGUGUGUGUGUGUGUGUGUGUGUGUGUUUCUGACAUUUGCGAUCCGUCUAAAGUACUAUUAACGUGAUUUGCACUUAUUGUCGCUGAUUAGUGACGUCACGUACUUGACAUUGGCAUGGACUGAGGAAGAACGUAUUCCUUGUAGUUAUGGCGAUGCACCUGUUUGCAAGAUAUGUCACCGGGCUCCUCGCUGAUACAUCGUGCGUAAUUCCUCAGAGGACAUUCGGUGUGUCUGCUGCCACACCAGCCAUUCAGAAAAUGACCAGAGUACGAGUGGUGGAUAACAGCUCUCUUGGAAAUACACCUUACCACCGGCCUCCAAGAGUGAUCCAUGUGUACACCAAGAACGGCGUUGGAAAAGUUGGUGACAAAGUGUUACUGGCCAUAAAAGGACAGAAGGCUGCGCUAAUUGUUGGUCACAAAAUGCCCGGACAGCCCAUGAAUCCACGCUUUGAUUCAAAUAAUGUCGUUCUGAUCGAGGAAAAUGGGAACCCAACAGGAACAAGGAUUAAGGUUCCUAUACCCACACAUUUACGUAAAAGAAUGGAAGGGGACUACUCAAAGGUGCUAGCAAUUGCUAGUUCUUUUGUAUGAUUGGACUCUUCUCCACAAGUCAGUCUUUUUGUGAAUUGCAUUACUGUAUGUGAUAGGCUCAAGUUUCUGUUGACAGUCAUCUCUUUGCUUCCAAUAAAUUCAACCUUUACCAUAAAUGCACGGUACGGUCUGUUUAACAAGCAAAUGUGGGUCUAGUUAAUGUUAUUGUGAACACAAUGAGCAAACCUUAAAACAAAAUGAUGUUAAUGGCAAUAUUUAUUGAAGGCACAACACAAAAUAACUGGCACAUUUUUAUUUAGCCAUUCAUAGCUUAGGACAAGUAAGGCAUUCUAAUAUCAUGAUCCCUGUAAAUGUUUGCGACUGUUUCUCAAUGUGAGGCAUUUGUGCGAGGCGCUUCCUUAAACUCAAAUUUCAGUGCAAAAUAAAACCUUGGGAUGAAACCCCACAUAGAUCUGCUUCAUAUUUCUAACAACACAAAAUGAAAGUUAAAAAGACAAUCAUGAGCUCGAGUCUGUAUUGCCACCUAUGACUGAAAUUGAAUUAACACUA